AAGUUGCACAGAGAGUCAAAGAAACUACAAUUUAUAAUGUUACAUACUCCAAAUCUACUUCACAAUACCAGUAAUAGAGUCCUAUCUUCUCUUGGUGGUAACCAUUUCAUCUUCACUUUUCCACUGUUUGACUAAACGUACCGACUAAUUCAAGCCCACCAGUUUAGCUUCAUGAUCAUCCAGAGGACUUGGAAGGACACAUGAGAGAUUCCUAUUUCCCUCUCCUGAGUAAAUUGCACUGUCUCUGCAAUUAAGUUACUAUAUAUAUAUAUAUAUAUGGCUUCAAGAGUGGAAAAUGUUAGUACUGCUAGGCAAGCAAUGGAAAUGGAUUCAGGAGAGAAGCGACUCAAUGAGCUUGGAUACAAGCAAGAACUUAGAAGAGAGAUGAGUUUUUUCAAGACACUUGCAAUUACAUUCUCUGCCAUGGCAGUGUUCACUGGAACUCCUCUAUAUGGGCCAAGCCUCCUUUAUGCAGGUCCUGCAAGCUUAAUAUGGGGAUGGAUUGUAGUUACAUUCUUCACCUGGUUUGUUGGGAUUGCUAUGGCUGAAAUAUGCUCCUCUUUCCCAACCACUGGUUCUCUUUACUUUUGGGCUGCUCACUUGGCUGGACCCAGGUGGGGGCCAUUUGCAUCAUGGUGCUGUGCUUGGCUCGAGACCAUAGGUCUCAUUUCUGGAAUUAGUGCUCAGGCAUAUUCAGGAUCACAAGCAGUGCAAUUUAUUAUUCUAUUGUCCACUGGAACAAACAAGGGUGGAGGUUACUUUGCACCUCGGAGCAUAUUCCUGCUUAUGUAUACGGUCAUAAUCAUUAUAUGGGCAAUACUCAAUUCAUUCGCCUUGCAAGUUAUUGCAUACCUCAACAUAAUUUCCAUAUGGUGGCAGGUAGUUGGCGGCUUGGUAGUCAUCAUAAUGCUUCCCUUGGUAGCCCAGACAACACAACCAGCCUCCUAUGUGUUCACUCAUUUUGAAACGUCUCCAGAGCACACAGGCAUAAGCAACAAACCUUAUGCAGUCAUUAUGUCAGUACUCCUGAGCAACUACUGUCUGUAUGGCUAUGACACCGCUGCCCAUUUAACCGAAGAAACAAAAGGUGCCGAUAGAACUGGUCCUACUGCAAUUCUGUCUACCAUCGGCAUUAUCUCUGUGUUUGGGUGGGCGUACAACUUAGCUCUUACUUUCAGCAUCCAGGAUCCAAAAUAUUUGUAUGAUGAAAACAACGAAACAGCCGGAGCACUUGUGCCAGCACAGAUAAUCUAUGACGCAUUCUAUGGGAGGUAUCAAAAUUCCACUGGAGCUGUAGUUUUCCUCUGCAUUAUCUGGGGAUCCUUCUUCUUUUGUGGGCUCUCUGUCACCACCAGUGCUGCCAGAGUAGUUUAUGCUUUAUCUAGGGACAAAGGAAUUCCAUUUUCAUCGAUCUGGAGAAGAAUUCACCCGAAGCACAAGGUUCCAGUAAAUGCUGUGUGGCUCUGUGCAGCCAUCUCCAUCAUUCUUGGACUGCCCAUCUUGAAACUCAAUGUGAUCUUUUCUGCCAUAAUUUCCAUAAGUACAGUUGGAUGGGUAGGUGGCUAUGCAGUCCCAAUUUUUGCAAGGAUGGUCAUGGCUGAGGAGAACUUCAAACCAGGGCCCUUUUACUUGGGUAAAGCAAGAAGGCCCAUUUGCUUGGUAGCUUUCUUGUGGAUAUGUUACACCUGCUCAGCCUUCUUAUUGCCAACUCUCUAUCCCAUCACAUGGGAUACUUUCAACUAUGCGCCUGUAGCUCUCGCUGCAGCUUUGGCAUUGAUAAUGCUUUGGUGGGUUCUGGAUGCAAGGAAAUGGUUCAAGGGACCUGUAAGGAACAUCGAUAUACAGAAUGGAAAUAUUUGAAAAUUUAUCUGGAAUGAAACUGAAACAAAAGAUGUAUCAGAAUAGUUUCUCAUUAAUGAGUCGUAAAAUUUAAGAGGCAAAAAAUAUGGCUAAAUUAAACUCACACCCCCGAGGUUUGUCCUAAUUACACUUAGUGGUCGAAAAUGGCCUAAAUUACACUGACCCCUUCAGUGACAUUAAUCAGCUUACCGUGUCAAUUUUUAUGAAAUGUCAUAUUCGCCCCUUAUCAAAUAAGCCAUUUUUUAAGAACAAAUUUUACAAGUGAAAGGACUAAAACACCCCCUUAAUAAUAUUAAUUCACAUAACCCCACCCCCUCUCUCAACCGCACGCCACCUACCCUCUCUCUCUCUCUCUACUCCACCACCACCCUCCUCCACUCCUUUCUCUCCCUCUCCACUUACCACCACCCACCCUCUCUCUAUCUCCAUAGCUUCAUUUUCAACCUCAAGUUGACAAACAAAUAAAUAGACCCACCAUCCACUAAAAUUCCAUCGUUGCUGGAAAUGUUUGUUGUAAUUGUUUAUGGUUAUAAACUACCAGAACACUCCCAUGGGAUCAAUUCAAAAAGGAAAAAUUACCUAAAUACGCAAAUGAAAUCAAUUUGAAAAGGAAAAACUACCACAAUUUUCACUUAGCAUUCAAAAAUGCUUCAAUCAGACGACUCUGGGUUAAUUACCCCUUCUCUUUUGUCAUCAGCUCCAUCAAAAUAAAACUAAUUUUUACUGAAAACUCAUAAUACCCUAUGGUAGCAGCAAUUUUGCCUUGGCUCCACUGUCUCAAACAACCCUCAAACUCCUCACCUCAAACCCUCUGAAUUGUAAACCUAACCUAUAAUAAUAAUACCCUCAUGGUUGUUUCAUUGUCAUGGUUGCGUACGUGUGGGCGGAUAUACCAAACGAAGCCUAAUAGUGUUGCAGAUAGAUGACUUUUUUCAACUUGCAUGAAUUUGAACCAGCCAUUGUGAUACCCUUGAUAGCCAGGUCCAGGGAUGCAUUGGUGUUACUUAUCUGGGCAUUUUAUGCAGAAAUCUAUGUUGCAGCUCUGUGCUAGAUCACUGUUUGCAGAGUCUAGGUACAAAUACACCAGAUCAAUGGUCAUGAUGUUAUCUGAAAUCGAUUUUUUUUGUGUGGGAACCAGAUAUGGUGU